GAAACAGAGGAGAUUUAGUUUCAUCCACACACGGACCAAACCUAUACGUCCGUUUCCAGGAAAGGCGCGCCACGCCCCGGGGGCCAGGGGAGACCGUCCGCUCCCCUUCAGGUGCCCUGACUCCUGAGAUGAAAGCAAGAAUGGACAGUGAAGAAGAGUUUUAGACGGGUACAGGUCGCCAAGAUGAAGUUCGGGAAGAGCAUAUGCGUGCUGAAUGUGGGGGGAACCCGGUACGCCUUCACUCGUGAGGUGAUCAGGGAUUUCCCACUCCGGCGCGUCAGCCGCUUACAUGCCUGUGCGACCGAGAAAGAGGUCCUAGAAUUGUGCGACGACUACGACCGGGACCGGAACGAGUUCUUCUUCGACCGCCACGCGCAAGCUUUCGUGUUCAUAAUGCUGUACGUGCGCUCCGGCAAACUCCGGUUUGUCCCCGGAGUCUGCGAGCUAUCCUUCUACACCGAGAUGCUGUAUUGGGGGCUGGAGACGGCGCACCUGGACUCCUGCUGCCAGAAGCGCCUGGACGAGAGGAUGUCCGACAUCGGGAUGGACAGUCUCUCUGAGGAGGACAUCAUACUGUCCGGGGAUGAGUGCCUGACUCCGGAGGAGACGACGCAACAGAUUGCGCUCACCGGACGCGCCAAAUGGCUGGAGAGGAUGCGCAAAACCUUCGAGGAUCCUAAUUCUUCCCUGGCGGCGCAGCUUCUGGCUUCGGUGUCCGUGAUUUUCGUGAUUAUUUCUAUGAUCAUGCUGUGUGCCAGCACGCUGCCGGACUGGGAUACGGCUAAGAAGACUACCGUGGAAGAGCACAGGAUAGUGGAGGCCGUGUGCAUCGGCUGGUUUACAGCUGAGUGCAUUGUGCGCUUUCUGUUGGCCAGAGACAAGUGCGACUUCAUCCGCCAUCCGCUGAACAUCAUUGACGCGAUAGCCAUUACCCCCUACUAUGUCACCAUGGCAAUGGCCGGAGCUGGGAUGCCGGGUGCCGGGCUCGGGGUUGCUGGAGUGAUACUGCGCGUGCUGAGGAUGAUGAGAGUGUUCUGGCUCAUGAAGCUGGCCAGACAUUUCCUGGGCCUGCAGACUCUGGGGCUGACGCUCAGGCGCUGCUACAGGGAGAUGGUCAUGCUCAUGGUGUUUGUCUUCGUGGCCAUGGCGAUAUACAGUGCCCUGGCACAGCUGCUGGAGCACGGCUUGGACUUGGACUCGCAGAACCAGGACUUCGCCAGCAUCCCGGCCGCCGCCUGGUGGGUCAUCAUCUCCAUGACUACAGUCGGGUACGGGGAUGUGUAUCCAGUGACGAUUGGGGGACGAGUUCUCGGGGGGAUGUGUGUUGUGAGCGGGAUUGUUCUCCUGGCUCUGCCCAUCACGUUCAUCUACCACAGCUUUGUUCAGUGCUACCAUGAACUGAAGCUCCGCUCCGCCAGAUACACACGAAACGUGUCUUCAGAGAUACUGCAGUGAACCAAAUCAGACACAAACACAGCAAACCAGAAGAUCUCCUUGUGAAAUAACCAACUGUGUGAACUGCCCUGUUUCCUGGCUUUGGCACACUGCAAAAACACAAAGUCUUACCAAGUGUUGUGGUUUUGUUUCUAGUGCAAAUAUUUCAAAAGACAUUUAACUUACAAGUAACUUUUCAUUCAGAUCUAGGAACUUCUUUAAAGACAAUAAUUCUCUAAUAUUAAUUUUAAAAAGUACAAAUUCCAUUGGCACAUUAUUGAAUUUAUAACACGACAAAAAUGGUUUUAUUGUGAGUGAGAAAAUCUGUCAGUAGAACCAGUACUUUUUAUUUACUUAAACCCAAUCCUAUAUCUUAAUGAAAGAUUACUUGUAAGUCAGUUUCGUCUGAUUUAGAGUGUACAAAUAUAUUUGCACCAGAGGCCAGAGAAAAAAAACAACUUUGUAAGAUGUUGUGUUUUUGCAGAGCAGCAUUCAGUUUUGUUGUGCUACAUCAGUGGUGUCCAAAUGUUUUGCUCUGGGGGUCAAAACUGGCUAAUUUAAACCACUCACAGGCCACACUUUGGACACCCUUCCUCCACACAGUCCCUGUCUCCAGCAGAACCGAUUAUAACUGACCAGCAAACAACAUGAAGUAAUCAGUAUCUUACCUACAGAGGACAGCAGAGAGGUUCAGAGGACAAAUUUUCAAAAUAAAAGUCAAAAGGUAUCCCCUUUUCCUGUUUUUGUUUUUUUGUACAAACAGGAAAAGAUCUGAGAGAUUUAAAUCUCUCAGAUCAUAAAAAUAAUUUUAAUUUAAAAGAUAAACUGAAUACAAAAGAAAAAAGUUUUAUAACAGGGUGAGAUAGCUUUGUUGUACCCCAUUAAUCUAAUACUUAGUCCUUGGCAACAACGACUCCAUCACAGUAAUUAGUCUCUAAUAUUGCUUUGAAUUAUGAACUUCCUGUUUAUGCUCUGAAUCUCAGUCAGAUUUAAGCCUAAACUUUGACUAGGCCACUACAAAGUGUUAAUUUUCAGAGCAUUUUAGCCAUUGUGACAUUGCAAGAAGUGGGAUUGAGUUUGAGGCCAGAAACAGAUGGUCUGAUAUUUUCCUCCAGGUUUUCUGUCAUAUCAAUAAGAGCAGGCCCCAGACCAUCACACUGCCACCACCAUGUUUGACUUCUAGUGUGAUGUUCUUUUUCUCAAAAUUCCUGUUAGUUUUACAGCAAGUGCAAUAAGACGUACACCUUUCUAAAAGUAUUUCUUUGAACAUAUCAAUCCCCAGAGUUUUUAUAUUAUUUUUUCUCAAAUUUUUGGAGAUCGUGAAGAGUUUUUUUUGUUUUUGGGUAAUUUGAGAUGGAGCUUUGUGUUUUUUCUUCAUUAGUCAUUCUACCACCUUAUUUGUUUCUUAUAGUUGAAUCAUGAAUUCUGACUGUAGCUGAAGCAAGUGGAAAUCAAAUUUUCACACCUGUUGAGGUUUCUUUUGCUAGAUUAUUUCCCCCAAUAAUUUGUUUUUUCUUAUUUUAAUCAGCUUAUCUUUGUUGAAAAUAGUUUGAAGAUAUAAAUUGUUGUUUUUCCAACUUAUGUUUGUAAAGUUAUAUAGAACAAAAAAUUAACAGCAAUACUUUUGGUUUAUUUAGCCUGUCAUACAGAACAAAAAUGGGUGUUCAUUUUUUAAAGUAAUAUUUUCACCAUAUCAUUCAUGCAUUCAUAAGUAUCAUCCCAAACUAAAUAUUUAAUUCACAAGCUAAAUGUUUAGCUUGGUCUGAAAUAUUUAGGUCAAAGCAAAAUAAUUCAGAUUAGGAAAUAAAUAUUUAGUUUGAAAAUUAAAUGUUUAAUUUGGAAAAUAAAUAUUUAGUUUAGGAAAAUAAACAUUUAUGUUGAAACUAAACAUUUAGCUAACACAAAUUAAAAUUUAAUUUGGAAGUCAAUGUUUAGCUUGUAAACUAAUUUGUAAACUAAUUUAACUAAAUUAAUUUUCAAGCUAAACAUUUGGUUUAUGAAUUAAAUAUUAAGUUAAAAACUAAGACAUUUAUAAACAUAUGAAUGACAUGGUUUAAAUAUUAUUGAAAAAUUUAUAACAUUUUUGUCUCUAUGACAUGCUAAAUACAUCAUAAUAUUGCUGUUAAUUUUUUACUUACAAACUGCACCGUGUUAUAAUCUUAUAAUCUGAUAAACAGAUUAUAUGUCACCAUUUCUGAAGAAAGUAUCUGAGGAAUGUCCCUCCUCCUCCUGGUGUGAGUUAUAUCCUAAAUUAUAUUUCCUGCCAAGUAUGGUUGAUGUAAAAAGUGGAAGUCAGGACAUUUUAAAGGCUGAAACGACGUCCCUAAGCAGCCCCAGUUUGACCAGUACUGACCUAUAAUCCUGUGAUAGAGUCUCCAUGUUCCGCCAACCUCACCUCCUGAUGAUUUCUGUCUUCUGUAGGUAAGCUACAGACUACUAAUACCUUCUUCAAACAGCUCAUGUUUCACCACCUGGAGUGCACCUUUAAAAGCACAGCGUGCAGAUAAACACACACACACACACACACACACAGAGAAUUAUUUAUUAGAGACAUGCAGGUAAAGCCAAUCCCAUUUUAUCUAUGGUUGCUGUUUACACUGUGUCCCCAUGGUUACAGAUCAGGCAGAAAUGGCUGCAUUGAUGUGUGUAUGCGUGUGUGUUUGUUUGUCUGGCUGUUGGCCGCUCACUUUUUCAGAGAUUUAAUCCCAGAUGGAGCAAGUUACACAAGAAUGAUGUGUGACCUAGAUGCAUUCUGUGAGACCGGUGUGAAAUAAGGAGAGGCGCGAACAAAUGCGAGGGGUUACACAGAGGACUCAGAGUGUUAGAUGAGCUUUAAGCCAAGAAUAAUGAAAUAUGGGUUUGGGUCAGGAGGGACCUCAAAGUGGCAGACAAUAAAACAGACACAGAUACAACAGGACAGAUGGAGUAUGAGAUGGAGGAUGAAAAAAAUACUGCAAAAAAAAAAAAAAAAAGAAAAAAGACAAAGCCCAAGCACAAAGAAUGAAAAGCUGCUUCUUUAUUUGUGAGUGAAUGUGAGGCAUUUUGUGUUUCUCAGUCUCCAAGGCAACCUCAUCCUGCAACAUGCCAAUCAUUAUGGUGGUUGAUUUCUGUGCACACAAAUAGACUGCAUCCACGCACACCUCCUGGAUGGUGCACAACAGCUUUUUCCUGGGAUUUUUGAGGAGAAUCACAACACAAAUCGAGAUAAAACUGAGUGCAAAAUAAAGGAAUGUGUUUGAAAACAAAAAGAGCAUCCAGGGCUGCCACAAAUGAUGGUUCUGACAUUGAUACAUUGAUAACUCACGCAUGUUUGUGGCGUUCUUUGCCAAGAUGAUGCGAUUUGUCGAACAGACACAUGAUCCAAACAAACAAGUCAACACCUCUCCCACACAACAGUCUUUCUCUACAUCUCUUCUCCUUUUCCUCCCCUUUUUAUUACACAGAAAUCUGACUUUUUUUUCCCAAAUAAAUCAAAUGUUUAAGUCAAUCUAUAUGUUUCCAGCACUGUUUUAGAGAUCUGUAUUAGUUUAGAGUGUGUUUGUCACAUUAAAUAUUCUUGUUCUUUGUGUGCUUUUUAAGUUUGGCAGAUAUCUUAAAAUGAAAUUGAAUAUUUCUUUAGCUGAGUUCUGACAUAAAUCAUGUAGCUUUUGCUUUCAAGAAGGAACAUUUUGAUUGAAACCCUCGAUCAGACAUUUUUACUCAUGAUAAAUGUGAUCAGUGUUUGAGCUUUUUUAAUAAAACCUCUGAU